AUGCCCGCCGCCAUGGAGUCUCAGGCUCGACACCGUCGAGAAGCGCUCCCCCGGACGGCGUCUUCCGAAGGCAAGCAGCCACCGGCGCUGACGACGCUGCCGUCGGACUGCUCGACGUCGUUUUAUGCCUCCCAGAUUGGUGGCCUGUCCGUGAUCAACUACAGCUACACAGACCUGCCCGGCAAGCUGAUGGUGCAAGACGUCUACCAGUUCUUCCGCCUCGCCUGGGCGCUGCCCUACAUCGUGUGGCCAACGACGCCGACCGACUCUGGUUCCAUGACCGAGCUCGCCCCGACGUCGGGCAACCUCUGGUGUAUCGCCGUCCACGGCGUCCUGAUCGUGCUGCAGCUGGGCUUUAUUCUGGGUGUGCUGCCGGCCGUGUUCCUGAUGUCGGUCUGGGCAGCUACCGCCAUUGUCGGCCUCUGUCUGAGCUUGAACCAUGUGCUGUGCAUGCUGCUGAACGGCAGGGGCAUCGAGUACCAUUCAAGCCCGGAGUGCGCGCCUGUCCUUCGGGAACACGCGCAGGAGCAGUGGAUCUUCAUCAACGGUGUUGCCGUGGGAAAGCACUGGAUGCAGAGCAAUCUCGACAGGCUCGCCCUGACCUUCAAGCGGCCCAUCCUGGGAGUGCACAACAAGACAAGCGGGAUCAUUUUCGACGUGAUCGAGUGUCUGAUCCAGCGAAACUGUGCUUAUGCCACCAAGGACGUCCGCCGUGCCUACGCCAUCAUCAAGGAGAAGCUGUACCGGCCCGACAUUUCAAAGGUGGUGCUCAUCCUACACUCACAGGGCGGCAUCGAGGGCGGGCUGGUGCUGGAUUGGCUGCUGCAGGAGGUGCCGCAGGAUCUGCUGGUCAAGCUGGAGGUGUACACGUUUGGAAACGCGGCCAACCAUUUCAACAACCCCCACCACACGAUGGAUGCACAGGAGCGGGAGCAGCGCAUAGUGGAGCCGGCCAGCUCCAUCGCGGGCCAACAGGUUUUGGGCCAAGAGCUGCUCGACAAGCAGCGAGCCGGAGUUCGUAAGGCGAAACUGGUGGUGGAAACGACGUCGAGCCAGCCAGCGGUACUCACCGAGCGGGCUAUCGGCCAUAUUGAGCACUACGCGCAUACAAGCGACUUUGUGGCGCUCUGGGGCGUGUUGCAUUUUGUCAGCAUGGUGCCCGAGUCCAACACCUUGCCGCGCUUUAUCGGGCGUGUCUUUGCACGGACAUCCCCGCGAGGCGGUCACCAGCUCGUCCAGCACUACCUCGACGGCAUGUUCCCACUGGAAAAGGAUGCCGAGACGGGUGUGUUUCUGGGAUGUGCCGAAUCGAACGAGUUUGUCGAGAGCGACGUCGAGAUCGGGAAGGAGGGCGACGAGAGCGCUGACGUGCACGAGGCGUUUGAGCAGAGCUGGGCGGGCACGCUGGCGGAGGACAUCCACUGCGAGAUGGGCAGCGGUGACUGCAGGCGCAGCACGCAGAUUGUGGCAGAUGUGAAGAUCCAUGCUUCAAGCCCGAUUCUGGCUCGCCAGGCCUCACAUCCGCGUACGCUCAAGGUGAAGGACGUCAGCCGGCUGUGGCAGUAUCGCAACGGAAAGAGCCCGGACGACAGGCCGAGGGGCCUGGUCCGGCUGGCGACGAUGUAG